AGGGAAGCGGGGUGCUUUUCUGCGGCAGGACCCUCACCUCCUCCGUCCCCACCAGCGCAGCGCCCGGGCCGGGCGCGCUCAGCCCCGCCCGCAGGCAUCGGCGGCGCACCGUGUCGGCGAGUCUCGGUCUGGCAGGGCGCAGCAUGAUGGAAGAAGACUGGAAUGCGGAGAUAGGGGACGAGGCGUUACUCCCAUCCCUUGAGAAGGUUAGCUUGCUUGAGAGACCAAAUGACCCCUCAUCUGUCUUUAGUUCAAGUGUAGACUCAUUUGGUACUGAUGAAUUUGUGAACUCACAACAUCAGCCAAUGAAUCGUUUUGGUAGAAAAAGGAAUUUUGCAGCCAAAGGUUUUCAAGAAGGAAUCAAAGAAGAUGCCACUACACAAAACAGAGGGUUUAAGGGGUUUGGACAAGGUUUUGAAGAACGAAACGCUGUAGAUGGUGCUAGUACACAAAACAGAGGGUUUAAAGGAUUUCGUGGUGGCUUUGGAGGAGGUGAGAGUUUUCAAGAAGGAAGAGGAGAAGAUGCUACUACACAAAAUAGAGGGUUUAAAGGAUUUCAUGGUGGGUUCGGACAAGGUUUUGAAGAACGAAACGCUGUAGAUGGUGCUAGUACACAAAACAGAGGGUUUAAAGGAUUUCGUGGUGGCUUUGGAGGAGGUGAGAGUGGUAGAGGUAGGCAAAGGGACAUACCUCAGUCUGGAACUCCUGAUUCUAGAGAAAGAGGAAUACUCACAGCUGGUACAGGUCCAAAGGUGACUUACGUGCCCCCUCCUCCACCUGAUGAUGAGCAAGCCAUCUUUGCACGUUAUCAGACAGGAAUGAAUUUUGACAAGUAUGAUGAAAAUGUUGUUCAAGUGUCAGGACUGGACCCUCCAGCAGCAUUAAGGAGUUUUGCAGACACUAACAUGUGUGAUACUUUAACUGUGAACAUUGCUAAAGCUGGAUACUCUAAGCCUACUCCAGUGCAGAAGUACAGCAUUCCUAUUAUACUGGCAGGACGGGAUUUAAUGGCAUGUGCCCAGACAGGAUCAGGAAAAACUGCAGCCUUUCUUGUACCAGUUGUGGCCCAAAUGAUGAGGGAGGGUGUAACUGCCAGUAGAUUUAAAGAGCAGCAAGAGCCAGAAUGUAUCAUUACUGCCCCAACUAGAGAACUGAUAAAUCAGAUCUUCCUAGAAGCAAGAAAAUUCGUGUAUGGAACUUGUAUAAGGCCUGUUGUGAUCUAUGGAGGUACACAAACAGACUAUUCGAUUCGUCAGGUAAAACAAGGCUGUAAUAUACUGUGUGCCACUCCAGGAAGGCUUCUAGACAUCAUUGGAAGAGGAAAGAUUGGUUUGCAUAAUGUGAAAUACUUGGUGCUAGAUGAAGCAGACCGCAUGCUUGAUAUGGGUUUUGGUGCAGAUAUGAAGAAGCUGGUAUCUUUCCCAGAUAUGCCACAAAAAGACAAACGCCAAACAGUAAUGUUUAGUGCCACUUUUCCUGAAGAAGUUCAGAGGCUAGCUUGUGAAUUUUUGAAAACUGAUUUUUUAUUUGUUGUUGUCGGACAUGCGGGUGGAGCGUGCAGUGAUGUUCAGCAAAAUAUUCUUCAAGUUUCUCAGUGUUUCAAGAGGGAUAAACUGAUAGAAAUUCUACACAGCAUAGGUAAUGAACGAACCCUGGUCUUUGUGGACACAAAGCAAAAAGCAGAUUUCAUUGCAUGCUUUCUUUGUCAAGAAAACAUACCAGCCACUAGUAUCCAUGGAGCUAGAGGACAGAGAGAGAGAGAAAUAGCACUUCGGGAUUUUCGUUCUGGAAAAUGUCCAGUUCUUGUGGCAACCUCAGUGGCAGCAAGAGGUCUGGACAUUGAAAAUGUUCAGCACGUUAUUAAUUUUGAUCUUCCUUCCACCAUUGAAGAGUAUGUACACCGAAUUGGGCGAACUGGUCGUUGUGGAAAUACAGGGAAAGCUGUUGGCUUCUUUGAUAACAAUUCAGAUGGUCAUCUUGCAAAACCUUUAAUUAAAGUGCUUUCAGAUGCUCAGCAGGAAGUUCCGCUUUGGUUGAUGGAAGUUGUUUGUGAGGCUGAAGGAGGACGACUCCCAGUUAAUACCCAAAAGAAAUACAGAGGCAACGUGAAUGCAGGAGAAGUAGAGAUGGACUGUUCUGCAAGAGAAAUUGAGUCAUGGGAUUAAACUGCUUUAUACCAAGCUAGUUUGUACUGUGUUUUGCUGUAAGUUAAAUGUUGCAUGAGAAGAUAAUCUUGUGAAGACCCAGUUUGGGAAGGAGCUUUAUGUAAGGGUUCAUCUAAACUUUGUUCCUUUUUUUUUGUAACAUGUCAGUUAAAAAGUUUCAAUCUUGUGUUAUGAUGUUUUAAGGAUCUGUUAAACAGCUCUGAAGCAAUUAAUAAAAGUUUGAAAAGUGCA